CCCUUCCCCCUCUAACCCCUCACCCCGGUUUGGCGCCAUGGUCGCCAUGGAGGAGCUGGAGUUGUCGAUGGAGAACGUCGAGGAACUGGUGAUGGACGAGAACCGGAUUGUUACCUACAAGAUGCUGAGCCAUUCCCUGGGCAUUCACGUCAACCAAGCAAAACAGUUGCUUUAUUACUACGUGGAGAGAAAAAGGAAGGAAAACUCUGGAGCUCAGCUCCAUGUGACAUAUCUUGUGUCUGGAAAAGCAGAAGAAGAUGGAAUUUCGUAUCACAAGGUAGCGGUGGUGAGAGAAGACCAGUUGGAAGCAGUGAAGCUGAAGUUGUUGGUGACUGCCAGUGUGCACGUGUACAGUAUUCAGAGGGCAAUGCUAAAGGACAGCAGCCCCCUGUUCAGCACCGAUUAUCAGGCUGUGAAGGAAAACCUGUUGAGCAGCAACAAGUAUAGCGCCAUUCAGUGUGCUGAUGCUGUUCCCCGGUCAGCCGAGGAGAUGGCUCAGCUUCAGAAAUCCCUCCAGCAGCCAUCCCGCAGUUCAGCUGAGCCCCCGAACAACAAACCCAUCGUGAACGGCAGCCCACCCGUGCCCAGUAAAAGCGCUGCCCCACAGCCCAAGGGAAUCAUGGCUAUGUUUUCUGCCAAGCCUCCUGCCAAACCGAGCGACAGAGAGGAGAAAGUGGCGCCUGUGGCAGUGAAAGACAGGGAGAAUUCUCCGCCUUCAGGAAGUAAGAUAGCGAACAAAGGAAACAGCUUCAGCCACUUUUUCCAGAAAGCCAUUUCUAAGAAAGGGUCACCACCGUCCAAGGCCAUCAAGGAAGAGGCCUCUACCUCAGAGUAUAGAGAGAAAGCAGAGACCGCUCAGGAUGGAGAGUGCCACGUCAUUGCUUCGCAGGGAGUGAACGAUGAGGAAAUGGCACCCACAAGUGACACCGCAGCACAAAAAGCACAAGCCAAGGCUCAGACAGGGAGCGUCCGGGCAAAGAAAGUAGGCGAAGGUGGCGACGGACAGAGCAGCAAGAAGACAAAGCGAAGUGUGACACCAGCCAGUGACGGGGAGGAGCCUCACCACAAGCGGAGGCGCAGGAUCAGACAGCCUCUGUCAGACAGCAGUGACGAGGAAGUCAUCCUGGACUCUCCUGAACCCUGUGAUAUGAAAACGCCAUCACCGACGCCGGAAGCUCCAAUCGCUGAAGAGGAUGUAUCCCCUCCAUGCUUUUCAGAGGCUUCAGUAAAGCCACCAUCUUGGGAAAGUACAGAGGAAACUGAGAAGGCAGUUGGAGUGAAACGCAGGAAACGACACAGAGUUCUCAAAAGCAAGACCUUCGUGAAUGAAGACGGUGAUUUUGUGACGGAGAAGGUUUACCAGAGUGAGUCGUGCACUGACAGCGAAAAUGAGUCUACGGCCAAGCCACAGGUGCAGAAACCACCCGAUGCCAAGAGCGUGGGGGGAGUCAAGGACGAACGCAAAGGACCGAAGGAAAAGAAAGCCGCAGCCCCCAGCAGGGCAGGGAAGCAAGCAUCCAUCAUGGGAUUCUUCAAGAAGGCAGCGUAGUGCUCCACCUGUUGUCGUGUUGACCUGGAAUGGAGUUCCUACAGACACUACCAACAGGAGUGCUCAGACAACCAGAGGGUUGACAGGCUGUAAACAUAAACAUUGAAGGUCUCCUCAAGGAAUUUGGGCAUAUUGUGUGGGGGAAGGGCAUCCUGGACAUUGACUAUAACUAGAAUCGUAGUUCUGUUACCUUGAACAAGUGUUUCUCUUUGCAUGUUUAAGCGUUAUUUAUCAUUUUCUUCUUAAGCCUAUCACUCCUACUGGGUCAUAGGCUGCCGACAGCAGCUGGCCAGAGUCUUCUGUGCUGGGCCAAUGUUUCAAGUUGACUGCAGGUGAAGCCCAUUUUUGAAGACCCUCUCCCAGGAGUGAGAUCUUCGGAGCUUCUGUUGGUGUUCCUGUAGUUCUCGUUUUUUACAGGAUGGGGUUGCUGUUCCUCCUUUUGCAGCUGAGCAUGGGAUCAUCCAUGGCAGAGUUAUUAUUUAUUGUUGGGCCUCAUCUUUCUGUGAACACUUAAGUACCCACCAAUUUUCAAUUGUCUUCAAUUCUGUGCAGCCAUAAUGGGUAAAUCAUGCUCCAAACACUUAACUGCAUACUGGUGAUAGUUGGGAGAUGGUAAACUUCUGCCAUCUCACCGGCUGGGUCAAUUUUUAUUUAGAUUCAAAGAAAUGGAUAUCUUUUUUGGAAAAGCAAUGCAUAUUUACAGCAGAUGUCAGUCGAAUGAAUAAGCUGUUUGUUACUGUGCAUAGUAUUUGGAGCUUUGUACUGUUAGAUGGGGAGAGAGGGUAGGGGGUGUACUGGUUACUACAGUAUGUGUAAACAUAGAAAAUUUUUUACUAGUCCUGAAAAACCUCUGGAACAAGUUUUGGGAAAGCCUCAAAAUGGUUUAAAGGUUCUCCUUGCCCCAAAUUGUUGUACGAUACCAUUGUAGUCCUUGGAUACCUCACUCCAGAGUUUGUGAAUGUUCUCAGACAUCUCAGGCAAUUCUGGGUCGUUGCCAGUAUGCACUUUCCUCAACUCGUGGACAGCGAGUGGGAGUGUAAAUGAUUGUUAAUCUUAAUCAUUUAAUCAUUAUGUUAAUUUCAUUGCUCCCCUACUGCGCUCUACCCCAGCCUAUUUACCUGCUGCAGGCAUAGUGAAGUAAAUUAUCAAUCUGAGCCUGAGUGCAAGGGUUCUGCCACUCCACGGCUGAACCUGGUGACACUUUUCUUGGCAGUUCACCAGGCAUCUUUUCAAAUAUGACAAAACUUGGCUGAUUCUGGGUGUCAAUAAGACUUGGUCUGGCACACUUGCUGUGCGAGCUUCGAGAAUUUGCCCUUACACACAAAGCCCUAUGAAUUCCAAUACUAGGGUGGGAGACAAUGCACAGACAUCAAUCAUAGUUUGAGUGGGAAUUUUGGUGAAUGGAGGGUGUAUGGUGUUGGUUAAAACAUCUUUGGUUAGCACUUGUGUACUUUGGACAGUGUUCUAUUAUCUAGUGAAUCUUGUCAAAAUUUGUAUAGACCUGUGCAGUUAUACAGCCUGUUAAGAGACCUUGGCAAGUGAUUUGCUGUUGCUUGCAACGUGCUGCCUGAUGCCCUGGCCAUGGUGAGAGGCCAGUUGUUGUGAGGCUAAUCAAAUGCAGAAAUGCAGACACACUUUCAGAGCUCUGUAUUUGUGUCAGGCUUGAGAAAAGGUGCGGACUCUAUAUGGGGGAGGGGAAAUUUCUGGAUUUGAAUAGCCCUCCUUCCAUCAAAUUUAUUUGGGAAUAAAACAUUUUUAAGAAAAAUAAA